UUCAGGCGGUUGAAAUGGAGAGCGAAAGGACUGGGAGGGUGAGUGAAAAUGUUGAAGAGACAUGGCGUGGCAGCAUGACACAAUAAAGGGGACCUCGGUUCACCGAAAGGAGUCCUCGGAAUAACAGAGUCAGGCAGGCGGAGGAGUCGAUCUGACUGUCUGGAGGAUUUUCACCUCGCUUUGCUUUGGUCUUACCUCGUUUAACCCAAUCAGUGGGCGCACAACGUUUCAGCUGAGCAGUAUCUGCAGAGAGAAGUCUGUGGCUAACAACCAAGUCUGACAGGAUACAAGGUACUCAGUAUGAGUCGAGAUGGGUGGAUGAGGAAAAGAGCCAGUGCCAGUGACGACAAUGGUUGGGCCGAAAGGGGCGGCUACAUGGCUGCCAAAGUUUGUAAGCUGGACGAGCAGUUUAGACUUGAUGCCCCCAGAGAGAAGCAGAAGGAAGGAACAUGCUCCAGCAUCUUCAGUGGAGUGGCUAUUUAUGUCAACGGAUACACAGAUCCAAGUGCCGAUGAACUACGCAGGCUGAUGAUGCUGCAUGGGGGUCAAUUUCAUGUCUACUACUCACGCUCCAAAACCACCCACAUCAUCGCCACUAACUUGCCCAACAGCAAAAUUCAGGAGCUCAAAGGGGAGAAGGUCAUCAGGCCACAGUGGAUCACUGACAGCAUCAAGGCAGGGCAUCUCCUGCCAUAUCUACAGUACCAGCUGUAUGCCAAACACAAAGGCCCACUCUUCCCUGGCAUGACUCUUCGUCAGACCUCAGAGAUUCCUGGACCGAGCCACGGGGCGCUUCAAUCAAAUGUCCAUCAAAAACUUAAUCUGCCCCAACGCAAUAUUCAGCCCUCUGUUCUCAAUUACGAGCAGUCAUCAUGCUGCGCCCAGAGCAGCCCCGUCCAUAUCCCCAGCCAGGCUCGACCUCAACCUCAGUCCAUUCAGCACAGCUCUGCAGCUCGCCUUGUUAGCCCCCAGCCGAGUCUCCCUGCAUCCAGCCACCUCAUUAUAGAUCCUAGGCACAGAAGCCCUUUGCACACACACCCACUGUCUAACCCAAACUCCACAAAGCAGCCGCACAAGUCUCCACAUUCUGCUUCCCCACAGGAAGUGGAAUUAAAAAUAAAUAGAUUAUUGCAGACCUCAGUGGAUGUGAGCCAUUCAAAAAUGAAUGAAAUCCAGGAGUGCAGCAAAGAAGAAACUUGUUUUGCUGGGGCCUCAGAUGUGGUGAAGGAUGCCCCCUUGACCAACGGACACACUCACAUUUUUAAUGGUGCCUUAAAGUCAGAGAACUUGUUCCCUGUUACAAAUCAACCCUCUUUGGUAAACAGUCUGCCCAAAUGUAGGGCUAAGAGUUCACCAGAUAAACCUCAAAGUCCUUCGGUACAGUUCCAGGCCAAGCCUGACCCAUAUGAGUUUCCCCACAGCCCUCCAAAGCUAUCUGACCAGUUCUCUGUCAAUGUGGAGCAAUCCAGCUCCCAUGGAGUCAAUGACAAAAGACUUAAGCCUCCUCCACCAAGCUAUCAAGAGGCUAUAAAAGCCACUGAAAGCCACCUCUUCCCAAAGCAUCUGCAAGCACCCCUUCAGGUCAAUAGGAUUUCUGAAAAGACUCUGUCUCCUGCAUCUCGCUCUCUUUCACGUUCUCCAGUUCGACUAAACGGAAAUUACCACAGCACCUUUACAUCUGACUCUGCCUCCAUUAAAACAGCUAAUGUAACAGUCAAAUCUGAUCCUCCCACUGAUGAGUCGUCGGUGGGAGGAUCAUCGAAGUCUUCAGCACAGCUGCUGGAGCAGACAGGCAGUUUGAUCUCCGAGUUUUACUCUCGCUCACGUUUGCACCAGAUCUCCACAUGGAGGAAUGGCUUUUCUGAGUACGUCAAUGAACUGCACAGUAAACGAAAGGUAGCAGGGGGCACCAGCUUUCCCGGGAAGGAGCGUUUGAGGAAAUCUGUGGCCCAGCGAUCUAUAGACACUCAAGGUACAUCGGCACCAGUCGGUUUUAGAUCUUGUAUCCUCCAUGUGGACAUGGACUGUUUCUUUGUGUCUGUGGGGAUUAGAAAUCGACCAGAUCUUAAAGGUAAGCCUGUAGCUGUGACCAGUAACCGUGGACAGGGCAGAGGGCCUGUGAGACCGGGGGCUAACCCUCAGCUGGAGCUGGAGUACUACCAGAAAAAAUACACACAUCCACAACGUGAGAGUGCAGAGGAUGAGAUACACACAACUCCUUCACAAGAGAGUCCUGACUCUCAUAGCAAUGGAGUGGAGCAGGAUGCUGUUGCUCUCUCAAUGGCAGAGAUUGCAUCCUGCAGUUAUGAGGCUAGGCAAGCGGGCGUCAGAAACGGCAUGUUUUUUGGGAAAGCAAAACAGCUUUGCCCCGCACUGCAGUCUGUCCCAUAUGAUUUUGAGGCCUAUAAAGAGGUGGCCCUCAUUAUGUAUGAGAUUCUGGCCAGUUAUACCCAUGAUAUUGAGGCUCUCAGCUGUGAUGAAGUGUUGAUAGAUGGCUCUGCUCUGCUAGCUGAAGUGGGCGCCAGCCCCGAAGAUCUAGCCAAAGCGAUCAGAGCAGACAUCAAGGAGAAAACGGGAUGCUGUGCUUCAGUGGGCAUGGGGUCCAACAUCCUUUUGGCUCGACUGGCGACACGUAAGGCCAAACCUGACGGGCAGUAUUUCCUGAAGUCUGAAGAAGUGGACGAUUUUAUCAGGGACCUGCCGGUGACAAGCUUACCAGGUGUUGGACCUGUUAUGGGGAGAAAACUGGGUCUCAUGGGUGUGUGGUCCUGUGGCGACCUCCAACAAGUUUCUCUGUCUCAGCUGCAAAAGAAGUUUGGACCCCGUACUGGACAAACCCUGUUCCGCUUCUGCAGGGGUCUGGACGACCGGCCUGUCCGCUACGAAAAGGAAAGGAAAUCUGUCUCUGCUGAGAUGAACUACAACAUCCGCUUUAAUCGGGUCGAUGAGGCAGAGUGUUUCCUGACGAACUUGUCCAUGGAGGUGCAAAAACGUUUACAAGAAGCAGGUCUGCGGGGUCGCAGAGUUACCCUUAAAGUCAUGGUCCGCAAAAUUGGAGCGCCGCUUGAACCUGCUAAAUAUGGUGGCCAUGGCAUAUGUGACCAUUUAGCCAAGACCGUGAUGCUCACUCAGUCCACUGACAGUGGUCAGCUAAUCGCUGCUGCAGUCAUCAAGCUUUUCCAUGCCAUGAAAGUGCAGGUGCAGGACUUGAGAGGAGUUGGCAUCCAGGUUCAGCUUCUUGAGGGACAUCAGUCUGUUCCACAGGACAAUAGGGGCCUUCGAGGACCCUCCAUCAAAGAUAUGUUGUUAGGCCAGGGAUUGAGUGCCAGAUCCCAUAACAGAGAUGCUGCAGCUGCACUUCUGGAAAAGACUACUUCCUCUACAACAGUCCCAACAGCUAAGUCCUCUCUGUAUCCUUUGUCACCUGCUGAGCCGGUACCAGGAACAAGCAAAGAACAACCAGCAUGCAGACAAACUCCAAAACAUUCUCGGACACGUCUCAACUUCAGUAUUGAGGUCCCCUCCCCUUCACAGGUGGAUCGUUCUGUGUUGGAGGCCCUACCUACAGAGCUGAGAGAACAAGUGGAGCAAUCAUGGACCAGGAGAGACGGGAGGCCAACUAACUGCCAGUCACCCGGUCUGCAGUUUUCCUCUCUUAAUUCUCGUCCAGCCUCUCCCCCUCAUCCUCUCCUCGCAUCUGUACCUGCACAGAGUUCUCCACCGGUAGGGACAUUGGUCCUGCAGAUUCCAAACCAGCCAGAAAGUCCAGGAAUUGUACUGGAACUACCUAACUUCUCACAGGUUGAUCCAGACGUGUUUGCUGCCCUUCCCAAAGAAUUACAGGACGAAUUGAAGUCUGCCUACAACCGUGCAACCAACAUCCAACCUCAGGUGAAAAUGUUGGAGCAGAAAAAUCCACUGCUGCAGCUAAAACAGUCUGGAGCAGGAAUCGGCAAUGGUCGGGUGAAGCGGCGCUACAAGAGGAAGAAUGCAGUCAGUCCUCUUAAAAAAGGAGUUUCUCCACUGAAGAAGCGUCCUACAACAAACAGCCCAGCCAAAACCCUGCCACCUCCUGUAAAAUCACGGGAACCAAUAAACAUACGAAAGACUGAAAAUGGUCCCUCCACAUCGACCUCAAAACCAGACGUCCCAGUGCCCGUGGCUAAACUGGCUCCUCGUCCUCCUCCAGCACUGGCAGGAGCCUGUGACCUGACAGACAUUAAAACGCUGCUACGGGAAUGGGUUACCACCAUAACAGAGCCCAUGGAGGAGGACAUCUUGCAGGUCGUGAAAUACUGCACUGACUUAAUUGAGGACAAAGAUUUGGAGAAACUGGAUUUGAUUAUAAAAUAUAUGAAAAGGGUCAUGCAGCAGUCAGUGGAGUCUGUUUGGUGUAUGGCUUUUGACUUCAUCUUGGACAACGUGCAGGUGGUUUUGCAGCAGACUUACGGUAGCACCCUGAAGAUUGCAUAAAGAAUGACAGGGUACUCUUCUCACUGCGUGUGAUUGUUGUAACACCUUUAUGAUUUGCUAAUUUCACAGUACAAAUCAUGAUGUCUAAAUGAUGACUUGUGCGAGAUACAAAUAACGGCUACGCACAGACACACACAGAGUAUGAGAAAGAGCCAUGACAGUAUUUUGUACAAAUCUGUUCUUUUUAAAACUCAACUCGAUUAAGCCCAGAACACUAAUAACAGUAGCAGCUUUUUGGAAACUCACUUUCAAUCUCUCUUAUUUUCCCAAGACUCAUUUUCAUAUGCGAGAUUUUAUUUGACAGUUUUUACAGGCAGUUCUUAACUAUGAGGUGCUAUCAAUAACUUCUGUGACUGUCUGUAAAAAAAAAACAAACACAAGGCAUACCUGAUCUCCCCUGAAGGUCAUCUGUUUUUUUGUAGCAUUGCGAUGCUUUCAGCUGGUUUUAGAUCGCAUAUUCUGAACUUCUGCGGUGACCCGAGCAUUAAUGCAUCUGCCAUGCAUUUGAUCUCUUCCAGAGUCUCAAAACUGCGGCAAAUUUUUUUCCUCACGCAUCAGAACCUUAACACAGGACUCCACAUUCACUGUGCACAACCAUAUAAAUGUUAAAAAUAAAUAAAUAAAUAAAAGGGAGCUCUUCGUAGCGUUGCCUGGCUUUUCUGGCUUGCAGAUCGUACCACCGACGGCUGCUGUUUGGUCUCCGAGUCAUAGCUGGACACUCGGCCGUCUGUAAAGCUGAUUAGGAAGACCACUAAGGGGAAACCACCCCCAAAACAAUAACAUCCAUUAUAGCCAGGCCAGAUUUUAAAUGUCUUUUUUUCCCUUGUGAGUGCUUUUAAUCUGGUAUCUGUCGACUUUCCUCAUUUAGACACAGCAUCAUGUUUAAGCUUAAAGCAUAUUUCAGCAGUUUUACAAACCACUCAGCGUGUAGCGUUCUUCAUGCACCAGACCUAUGAUGCUUUCAGAAAUUAUUGGACAGUUGUUUUGUUUUUUUUUCCCAUCAUUGUUUUAUUGGUGCUCUUUGCCACUAGCACUUAUCUGUGAAGUAUCUACUGCUGCCUACAGUAGCGUCGCUUUUGUUUUUUUUCUUGUCUCUUUCCAAAAAAAAGUGCCAAACCCUGUUGUUAUAGUGUGUAAAUAAUGUUUUAAAGAUCUUUGUCUAAAGUUUUAAAAGAAAAACGUGUAUGUAGAGAAAUUACCUCUUGUAUUGUUUACCAGUAGUGAAUUCUUAGUAACUGUCUCUAAAUUGUAACUCUUUAAUUGUUUCUAAAUGUUCCAAUAUGGAAAUCAGAAGCUGGCCAAAGCACUUCACGUGAGGUUAACUGUUGAUUCUCAGUAGCACUCUGACACGAGAGGAUGUUGACAGGGGUCAUGGCAAUCAAUAAGUAGCCUAUGCAUUUCUUUUUUUUCCCACUAACAACUGAGAUGUCCCUUCAAGACUGUGUAACAGUAAAUAAAGCAUUUAGUGUUUUUCUGAGUAUUGAAAUAAUGCUGGAUUUGCAUAGGAAGAGGUGAUCUUAUUUUUAACUCCUGUCGCCCACAUUGUGUGAUUCACACCCUCGAGACACUUGUAUUGCAGCUAUGUUACUGUGUUUGUGUGAAGUUAACUUUAACAGCAGAUGCGGCUGACUGACUUUUAAUCUCACUAUGGAGGAUAAUUUGCUUGCGGUUAAAAUGUGUGAUUAAAAGAGUGUUCUUAUAUGCAAACCAAAAUCAAUCGGUCAUCUUUUUAAACUUGUUGAAAUGAAUGUAAUUCAGAAUGUGUGACUCACUUUCAAGAUGUUGCUUCUCUUCACCUCUCCUAUCUUUCCCGAGGGGACUGGCCAGAAGUAAAAAAAAAAAAUAAAAAGAAAUUGGCCUGUCUUGUCUAAUCUGGCUUGUGCCUGAAGACCUGAAGCUGUGAAACUUGUUUGUAAGUUUUCUAAAUCUUGGUA